CUUUUUAUUAUACUUAUUAACCUCCUUAAUACACAAUCAAUAGAAAAAAAUAUAAUUCGAAAAUCAUCUGUCACAAAUGUCAAAAAUGUAAUAAAUAUAAUAUGGCCGCGGCUGAAAAUUCGAAGUGAAUCAAAAACAAUAAUAAAUCUCAAUAUUAUUAUUUUUACCUCUCAAACCAAUGCAAGCUCUUCUCGACAGUAUGUUUGAGGCCGUGUAAGGUCGUUUCAUUGCAGAAUUCCUCGUAUAUUCUGUACACAGCCGUCAUGGACUCCCUCGCCGAGAGCAUCGCGGACUUCAUACGCGUCCGACAACUAAAUAUAGCGGUGGCAAUUCUGCUGUCUGUAAUGUACCUCGCUUAUCAAUACUGGGGAGUGAUGUUCAAAUGCGAAGAGGAGGAAGACUAUAGGGGAAUUACACGGAAAUCUAGGUCUAGAUCUAGAUCCUAUUCUCGUUCACGAUCGAGAUCCAACGACCAUCACUACAAGGUGCCAGAGCCGAAGCACGGGCGUCGCGGCAGGAAGCCACAGAGGCGGUGUCCCGACUGCAGUCUGUGCAACUUUGGAGAGUGAAACAGAAAAUGGCGCGCGAAAGAGUUGUUUGACAUUUGAGACUGGAAACGUCAUUUGAAAUUUUUGUAAUUUUUCGAUUGCUUCCUCGAUUAUAUUUUAUAAUAAAGAAUUUUAUCGCUAUUA